UGUAUUGAGAUUUUGGGUAGUUACUGUGGAGAGUUCUAUCUUGUGAGAUAUGGUGCCAUGUAGUUUGCGAGGUAGGUACGAACAUUUCAGAGGAACAGCCAGCUUCCAAGCUGGAUGGGGGCAACAUGUUUCUGUGAAAUGUUGCUACCCGUCUGCUGAACUACAUGGCCUCACAUCCCACAAGACUAGUCUUCAUAGUAAUACAUCGUUCAGUUUUUACCAGAACUGUAUUUGACAAGUGGAAUUAUUGUAUGUGUACUGAUGGAUAUAGAGAUAACCGUUGUUAAAUUAAUAGACACUUAACAAUUUGCUGUGAAACACCAAACACUUCUGUCAGGUCCUAAUAUGUGCUAUCAUUUCAGUCAGUGAUCAUACCCAUCUACAAUGGGGAAGCAUGGAUUGAGGAGUGCUUUAAGUCAAUAAAGCUGCAGACAGCUGUGGGAUGUAUCAAACUGGAAAUAUCUGUGUAUGAUGAUGCCAGCACUGAUCGGACAUGGGAGAUGUUGCAAGACUGGAAGCAUGAAUUCAGUACCGCAGGCAUCAGAUUUACAGCAUCCAGGAACAAUUCCUUGAGACCAAGAGGAGCGGGGUAUGCAAAGAACCGUUCAGUUGAACAGAGUACAGGGCACUUCCUCUGUUUUCAGGAUGUGGAUGACAUCAUGCUACCAGACCGAAUCCUCCAUCAGUAUGAAACAGCCAAGAAAAACACCAAUGCAAUUGUGGGAUGUGGUUUCCAUCGUUUGCCUGCUGACUCCACAGUACGCUUCACACGAUGGGCCAACUCACUGGAUGACCAGCAGCUUUAUCACCAGCAGUAUACUUCUUAUGGACCAACCGUUGUGAUGCCAACUUGGUUCUGUGAAAGGGGUGUGUUUGACAGGGUUGGAGGUUUCUCAGAGGAAGGGAAAGGUACUCCAGAAGACUUGAUAUUCUUCUACAGUCACUUAGAUAAAGGAGGAGAACUCUGCAAAGUCCCAGAAUGUCUGCUUAUCUAUCGCUACCAUCAGAAUGCCACAACAUUCUCAAUUCAUGAGACAACAAUCUGGUCAGUACGCUUGGUGAGGCUGCAGGAACAUGUCCUAAGCACAUGGCCAAAAUUCAGCAUUUGGAAUGCUGGCAAACAGGGACGCAGACUGUACCGGUCACUUCAUCCAAAGUUCCAAGACAGAGUUAUGGCUUUCUGUGAUGUUGAUGUUAACAAAGUAGGGAAAACGUACUCACCUCCACACCAAUCUCAACGCGCCAUUCCCAUACUUCACUUCAGACAGGUCACACCACCUCUAGUAAUUUGUGUUAAGCUGGACUUGACAGGAGGAAGUUUUGAGGAAAAUCUGAAGUCAUUAAAAUUACAAGAAGGAAUUGAUUACAUUCACUUCAGCUGAUUGAAGAUGUAUUCUGCUACAAUAAACUAUUGCUUAUUGUG